AUGGAUUCGAAAGAUUCAAAGUUCCGGAUUUUGAUGCUUCAUGGCUUCGCCACAAGCUCAAUAGAAUUCCACGCAAAAUCAAGUCGCAUAACAAAGCGUAUCACCGACUUGUUGACUCCUGAGAUUUUACAUGAAUUUCCAGACGGCAUCGAGUUCCUCUACCCCGACGGACCCUAUGUUGUCGAGCCCCCAUCAGGGUUCGGCGAGAACGACAACACCGACCAUGCAUCAUCCCACGCAGAUAUCCCAUUCCGAGCGUGGUGGUAUGGUCUAGACACUGUGAACAGAUACCGAGGCAUCGAGUUCUCACUUUCCUGCGUGGCGAAAUACAUCCAUGGAAGACCCAUUCAUGCUAUCGUCGGAUUCUCGCAAGGUGCAUCGUUAGCAGGUAUGGUCUGUUCCAUGCUUGAGAGUAAGAACAAUCUGGACAAGAUCGCCGCUAUCCGGUCUCAGAAUUUGCCUGUCGAUGAGUAUCUACGUCUACCCGGUCAGGAGAGUUUGAGAUUCUUGAUUGGGCUGGGGGGAUACUGUGGGACAUUAAAGUACUAUGGGAGCUUGUAUCGGUGGCCGAUACAGACUCCUAGCUGUCACACGAUUGCCGAGUUCGAUGCCAUGGUGGAUCAUUGUCUUACGCUACAAUAUGCUCAUCAGUUCUGCUCUUUUGAGCUUGUCCAUUAUUAUGGAUAUCAUUAUACGCCCAGGGAUCGUGCGAGUGUGGGAUCUAUUGCUCGGUUCGCCCUGAGAAACUGUUAUGCGGAACCCGCUGCAUCUCAGUUUCCGCCUGUUGCUGCUUCAUCGAGUCAAUCUUCAAGCGACGGAGAUAGUUCGAUCGUGAUGAAGGCUGAUCGAUCUGCAGGAGCAUACCCAGUCUUGAGACGGUCGAGAAAUAUACGGCUUGGCCCGCGCAGAGCAUACCGACAGGCUAGCUAUAGCAGUCCAAAACUGCAGUCGAUGGUAUUAGCUAUAUGA